AUGGACCGUAGUUGGAUGAGAGCUAAUCGAUUAAGUACUGAGUACAGACAUGGAGUGAUGGAAUUUCUACAGUUUGCGGAAAGUAAUGCUGAACUAGAACGUCCUCCUCCUGAAUUUCCUCCACUUUUUCUAUGUCCGUGUAUAAAUUGUGCAAAUAAAGAACCAAAACGUACUAAGAAAGAAAUCAUGAAUCAUCUAAUUUGUGACGGGAUUUGUCAAAAUUAUACACAAUGGAUAUGGCACGGUGAAGUAGUUGCAACGCCAAGUGUGUCCCAUAGAGAAAGUGGUAGUGUGGAUAUCGAUGAUCGACUGGAAGACAUGAUGCGUGAUAUUGGAGAAGAUUCGUUUAAGAGGGCGCAUGUGUAUGAAACUUUAUGCAGUGACAAGGAUGAACCAUUGUAUCCGGGAUGCACAAAUUUUACCCGUUUGUCUGCGGUGUUAAAAUUGUUUAAUUUGAAAGCAAAAAAUGGGUGGACCGACAAAAGUUUCACUGAAUUGCUUGAAUUGUUGAUACAAAUGCUUCCAGAAGGUAAUGUAAUGCCAAAUCGUUAUUACGAGGCGAAAAAAGUAUUGUGUCCAAUGGGUUUGGAGUAUGAAAAGAUACAUGCAUGCCCUAAUGAUUGUAUAUUAUACCGAAAAGAGUUUGUAAACUAUAAUCAUUGUCCGACAUGUAAGGCGUCUCGCUACAAAAAGAAAGAUGGUGAUUCUAGUGAUGAUGAGGUGACCAAAACGGGUCCUCCCGCGAAAGUCGUAUGGUACCUACCAAUAAUUUCAAGGUUCAAGAGAUUGUUUGCUAAUGCAAAUGACGCAAAGAAUCUUAGAUGGCAUGCAGAAGAGAGAAAAUGUGAUGGCCAAAUUCGCCAUGUAGCUGAUUCUUUGCAAUGGAAGAAAAUUGACUCUUUGUUUCCAAAUUUUGGCAAAGAGUCGAGAAACCUUAGACUUGGACUUGCUACUGAUGGAAUGAAUCCGUUUGGUAAUCAAAGUACUAACCAUAGUUCAUGGCCUGUUCUCCUGAUGAUUUACAACCUAUCUCCUUGGUUGUGCAUGAAGCGUAAAUAUAUUAUGUUAUCGAUGAUGAUUUCAGGCCCAAGACAACCAGGAAAUGACAUAGAUGUUUAUCUAAGUCCACUAAUUGAUGAUUUGAAAGUGUUGUGGGAGGAAGGAGUGGAUGUUUUUGAUUCGUAUUCUGGUGAACAGUUCAACAUGCGUGCCAUGUUGUUUUGCACCAUCAACGACUUUCCGGCAUACGGCAAUUUGUCUGGGUAUUCCGUUAAAGGGCAUAAUGCGUGUCCCAUAUGUGAAAAAAAAACAUGUUAUAAGCAACUGAAAAAUGGAAAGAAGACUGUUUAUCUUGGCCACCGAAAAUUUCUAAAUCGUUAUCAUCCAUAUCGUAGAUUGCGAAAAGCUUUUGACGGAGACCAAGAGAAUGGUGUUGCUCCAACGCCCUUAACUGGAGAGGAAGUUUAUGAACGACAACGAGACAUUAAUGUUGUCUUCGGAAAGUGCCAAAAGCCAAAAGGGAGAGUGCCAAAAGCGAAAGUGCCAAAAGCCGAAAGUGAAAGUGUCAAAAGGAAAAAGCAGCCUGUUGUGAAAAGUAUAUGGAAAAAGAGGUCAGUGUUCUUUGAUCUUCCAUAUUGGUCUAGUCUUGAUGUAAGACAUUGUAUUGAUGUGAUGCACGUGGAGAAAAAUGUAUGUGAUAGUGUAAUUGGAACACUUCUCGACAUUAAAGGCAAGACAAAAGAUGGUGCACAUGCUCGUCUUGAUAUGGAUUUGAUGGGUAUACGACAAGAGUUAUUACCACAAAAAAUCAAUGACAAGACAUAUUUGCCUCCCGCGUGUCACACUUUGUCUAAAGACGAGAAAACAAGUUUUUGCAAGUGUUUACAAAGUAUCAAAGUGCCACAUGGUUACUCGUCAAAUGUCAAGAGCCUUGUAUCAAUGAAAGAUCUCAAAUUAAUCGGCUUAAAAUCUCAUGAUUGUCAUGUCUUGAUGCAACAACUACUACCUGUGGCUAUUCGUGGGAUAUUGCCCGAUAAUGUUAGGAAAGCUAUAUGCAGGUUGUGCUUAUUCUUCAAUGCAAUAUGUUGUAAAGCAAUUGAUCCAUUGAAGUUAGACGAGUUGGAAAACGAAGCUGCAGUUAUCUUGUGUCAAUUGGAGAUUAUUUUCCUCCUUCAUUUUUUGACAUUAUGGUUCAUUUGA